UCAGAAGUGUUGGUUUUAAAAAAAAUAAACCAAACUUCCUUCCAGAUAAGCGCCCGCUAGCAUCGUAUCGCGUUAUUAGUGCCAAUUGGUUGUACUUUAGUUAAGGAGAACCAACUGUCGAUCGGAGAGCGUUUGGCAAGUUCCUUUCCACGCCAUUCGAAAAGUAACGGCUGUGUGUCAACGUCUUAACCGGGCGCGAAACUUGUUGUCGGUCUCUCGCUCCUCUCUGUGUGUGCGCUGAAGGCGUCCUGCUGCACGUUUGUUGCUUAUGGCUUCGAAGGUUUGAAACAUAGCUUCACGCAAAUACAAUCGAUUUAUCAAAGGAAGCAUCGUUUUCGCAUAUUCAUAUCCUCGCCGUGUUUCAUCAGUUUGGCACAGUGCAAACACGUACAACGACCGCGCGUGCAUGUGUAUUGGUGACAAAAAACCGACCAAAAAGGAUCAAAAAGAACGCAAGAUAACGUCAAAGAAGAGGAUCGCAAAAAAGAGCGUUAACGAGUUCUUGAAGGUACGCAUCGGUCUGGAAUCGCGGAAGUUAAUAGUGGGAAUUAAAAAAAAAAACAAGUCCCCAACCAAAAGCGUCAUUCUUCGUUGCCAACUUCAUUCCGUAGUUCCCACUGACGCGUAGCGUGCCUGGUCAUUUUGUUUGUAGUGAUUGUUAAGUGGAGUUUGUUAAAACGGUAAGCCUUAGCCAUAAUCGAAUCGACGACCCGAGCCAACAUGGGUAGUGUCACCAAGCCAGAUGAAAAAGCGGUAGACAUUCCGGAAAAGCUGUAUGAUGCUGGCACUAAGCGAACGUACCGGAGGAACCGAUUCUUCGGGAAGGGUGGCUUCGCUAAGUGCUAUGAGAUAGUGGACGUGGCCACGAAUGAGGUGUUUGCCGGUAAGAUCGUCUCAAAGAAGCUGAUGAUGAAGCACAACCAGAAGGAGAAAAUGACGCAAGAAAUUACGAUCCAUCGUUCGCUGGGGCACAAAAAUGUUGUCGGCUUUCACAGCUUCUUUGACGAUCCGCUCAAUAUUUACAUCGUCCUGGAGCUUUGCAAGAAGCGGUCAAUGAUGGAGCUGCACAAGCGCCGAAAGUCUAUCACCGAUUACGAAUGCAAGUACUACAUGCAUCAGGUGAUGACCGGGGUGAAAUACCUGCACGACAAGCACAUCAUCCACCGGGAUCUGAAACUGGGCAAUCUGUUUCUGAACGACGAGCUGCACGUGAAGAUCGGGGACUUUGGACUUGCGACCAAGAUCGAGUUCGAGGGUGAGCGGAAAAAGACGCUUUGUGGGACGCCGAACUACAUUGCACCGGAAAUUUUGAACAAGAAGGGCCACAGUUACGAAGUGGACAUCUGGUCGAUAGGAUGCGUCAUGUAUACGCUGCUCGUCGGUCAGCCGCCGUUCGAGACAAAGAGCCUAAAGGAUACGUACAAUCGGAUUCGCAAAUGUGACUAUCGGUUGCCGCCUACGCUGCGCAACAAUGCGGCCGAAAUGAUCUGUGCCAUGCUGCAGUCGGAUCCUUUGAAGCGACCCAGCAUACACAAGCUGUUCGAGUUCGACUUUCUGGCGAGUGCUUACAUCCCGAAUUCGCUGCCUCAGUCUUGCCUCACGAUGGCACCCCGUGCGGAUCAGUUGGAGCAGGCGGAGCGUAUGAACAGGAAGCCUUUGUCUGAAAUGAACGGUGGUGGAGGAGAUGAUACCCGGUGCGAAUCAUCCUUCUUGAAGAAUAAUCUACAUGAUGCGAUCACUGCCAGUGGCAUGAUGUCACGCCACAACGAUACGUACCGUGCGGACAUAGAAACGCUGCACAAGGAGCUAACGAAGCUCUUCCUGGCUAAACCUCCCCGGCUGGCUAGUAAUCUGGAUGAUGAAAACACGGAUCCGGCCGUGCAGCCACUUUUCUGGGUAUCGAAAUGGGUCGACUACAGUGACAAGUACGGGUUUGGCUACCAGCUCAGCGAUGAAGGCAUGGGUGUAAUGUUCAACGACACCACCAAACUAAUUAUGCUUGCCAAUGGACUCAACGUUCACUUUAUCGAUAAAGAGGGCCAAGAAUCGUACUGGGAUGUGAAUAAUUUCCCACCGCAUCUGGAGAAAAAGAUGAAGCUGCUUACUUACUUCAAGCGUUACAUGAUGGAGCACCUGGUUAAGGCCGGUGCAGGCGUAAUGAAUGUUGAGAGCGAUCAAAUAUCGCGUAUACCGCAUAUGCACACCUGGUUCCGCACGAUGUGCGCGGUCGUCAUGCAUCUAACAAAUGGCACAGUGCAACUCAAUUUCUCGGAUCAUCAAAAGAUUAUACUCUGUCCACGGAUGCGUGCCGUGACGUUGAUGGAUAACAACAAAAACUUCCGCACGUACCGCUUCCAGACGAUCAUAGAGCAUGGUUGCUCGAACGAUCUGUACACCAAGAUACGGUACGCUCACGAAAAAAUAAAGAAGCUGCUGGAAAAGCUGUCCUAAUUGGGCCGUACACGCGUAGGAAUGGGCCAUACGAAAGCAACGAAUGAUGUCGGUCAGCAACAAAAAUAUAGUGUGAGGUUCUGCUAGCAUAAUUACCCUUUGUCUGAGAAGCAAUUACAAGGUCCAGCACAGGAGAAAAUGAAACGUUAUCGUGUAUGUAUUAUUAGACACGGUUAAGCUGGUUAGAACACGUUCAAUUAGCCCAACAGCAAUGAUCUGAACUUAUAGAGUUAGAGCUAUUCAGGAAGGGUUCAUUUUGUAUGUUUUGUUAAUGUUUAACGUCUGCAUGUCCGCUUGCUGUUGCAGUUUAUUUGUCUAUACAUCUUUUUGUUUUUUAAACCAUACAGCCCCAUUAUUACGCCGAUGUAUACAGGAUGGCAGUUACGCAUUCACUGUGUUUGUUUUGUUCUACAUUGCCUUUAAGCUAGCGAUGAUGUAUAGUAAAGAAGCAACGAUCACAAUUCCGUU